AUGCCUUAUACUUCACAAGUUGAAUUAUCGCCAAGGGCAUCUCUAUUGCAAAAACCUAAUAGUACAAUUGUAAAACGCAAAAUAAUUAUUAUACUUUCAGCUUUAGUUCUUAUAAAUAUCGCAGCAUGGAUUGCUACAGCAUUUGCAUUUCGAAAUUACCCAUCACUUAUAGGUACAGCGGCUUUAGCGUAUACUUUAGGGCUUCGACAUGCCGUAGAUGCGGACCAUUUAGCAGCAAUUGAUAAUGUAACUCGUAAACUUAUACAAUAUGGCAAAUAUUCAGUUUCAGUUGGACUCUUUUUUUCUCUUGGGCAUUCUACAAUUGUGAUAUGUGCAUCCAUUGCUAUUGCUAUAACAGCCACGGCAGUAAAAGAAAAAUUUGGAGACUUUAAAUUAAUAGGGGGAUUAAUAGGAACAUUUGUUUCUGCCACAUUUUUAUUUGUCAUUGGAAUAAUAAAUACAUUUGUGUUAAUUUCAGUCUAUCGUUCGCUCCAAAAAUUAAAACGUACCGGUGUUUUUGAAGAAGAAAACAUUGAUACAGUUUUAAAUACAUAUGGAUGCGUUGGUAGAAUAUUUGCACCGUUAUUCAAAUUCAUUGAUUCAAGCUGGAAAAUGUAUCCUCUUGGAGUUCUCUUUGGAUUUGGCUUUGACACAUCUACUGAAGUAGGAUUAUUGGGAAUUGCAGCAUUUCAAGCCAACGAAGGACUUCCAAUUUGGAUGAUAAUGUUUUUUCCAUUGCUUUUUACAUCAGGAAUGGCAUUAAUCGAUACAGCCGACGGAAUUCUAAUGUUAGGCACUUAUACUUGGGCAUUUAUAUCCCCAGUUAGAAAACUUUAUUAUAAUUUUAUUAUCACAUUGCUUUCAGUUUUAAUAGCAUUUAUAGUUGGAUUAAUAGAACUCCUCAACAUUAUCGGAGAUAAAUUAGAACUUAAAGGUCCUUUUUGGGAUUUUUUUGCAUACCUUGGAGAUAAUUUUGGUACAAUUGGUUAUUUAAUUAUUGUACUAUUUGUUCUUACAUGGAUAGUGGCGAAAAUUAUCUACAAGUUUGGUGGAUACGAACAUCUCGAAAGACAAUUAAUACAAGAUGACGCAGUAGACAAUAACGAUGUUACGAAAUCAAAUAAGGAUAUUGAUACCGGUGUUGUGACGGGGGCCGGUGUAGCUACAG